AAUGUAUAAUUCUGAACAUGAUAAAAUAUAAUAAGAUGAGAUAUUAAUAAUUUAUGAUCUUCCUCCAAUUGAAAAGAAGGAAGUUUCAAAAAGAUUAAGAGAUUUAGGAGAAGCAAUAACAUAUUUUUGUGAAAAUGAUUGGUAAAGAUAUAAUAGAUUAAUGUAAUUUGUUUAAGAGAAGAAAGAAAAUAAUCAAAAAGAAUUAGAAAUAAAGAUUUUAGAUGGAGAAGAUAAAAAGGAAAUAAAAAUGUUUCUUAAUAAGAUAAAGGAGAGAAAUUUAGAUCCAAAUACAGCAGUUGUUCCUAUAUUUUAAUGUAAAGGAAAAGAAGAAAUUGAAUAAUAAUUAUUAGAUGAAGUAUCACUUUUAACAAGAUGUUAAGAUGUAUAUUUAUGGUGUAAAAAAAUGUUAAGAGAAUGGAAUAUAGGUGUGCUUGAUAAAUUUAAUACAGAAACAAUGAAACAUAGUUUAGAAGGUUCUCAGGCAUAAAAUUUUUAUAAAUAAACUUUAGAUUAUAUAAAACCAUUAACAGACUAAUUAUAGAAAGCAAAAAUGAUUUAAUUAAUUAAUGAGGAGAUUUUGAAUGCAUUAUAAUUAAUAAUUAGAUUUUGUGUAUAUAAAGAAUAUGUAAGAGCGUAUGAUAAAUAUUUAGAAUUAGCAAUAGGAAACGCUCCAUGGCAUAAGAAUAUAUAGUUGAUCAACUGAAAGAACUGGUAGAUCUAAGAUCUCAAGUUCUUAAAUUGCUCAUAUUUUAAAUGAUGAAACAGAGACAAUAUAUACAAACUAUAAAGUAUAUAAUAAUAUAUGAUGAAAUUAUAUUAUAAAUUAAUAUAUUAAAUAAAUUAAGAUAAUUUAUUACCAUGAUUUAAUAACAAUAGGAAAUAGUAAUUGAACCACCUCUCUAUUUUGCAAAAGAUCAUCUAUUUGACUUAAACUUUCAUCCUUUUUAAGAUGUUGUAUGUUGUGCAUAAGUAACAGGAGUAGUAAAUAUGUAUAUAUUUAUAUCCACAAAUUAAGAUUGAAAUAUUCAUCUGAUGAUGUAGUUGAAAUUGCAGCAUUUACUCAUCAUUAAUCAUCUGCAAGAAUUAGUUAGUUCUUUAGAGAUGGUCAACAUCUUAUUACAGCUAGCAAGGAUUGUUCAUUUGCUAUUUUAGAUUAAAAUGGUUAAAUGAUAUUACAUUAAUUGAAAGCUCAUAAGUAAUAUGAUUAAUUUAAUUAGACAUGCUAUUAAUGCACUCAAAUAAUUAAAUGAUAGUAUUAUUGCUACAGGAGAUGAUACAGGAAAUAUUAAAAUAUGGGAUCUAAGAUAAAAUUAAUGUGUUUUUAAAGUUAAAGAAGCUGAAGAAGCUAUUUCUGGAAUUGAAAUAGAUUCAUCUAAUAACUUAUUACUUUCAUCAAGUUUAGAUGGUUAUUUAAGUGUUCAUGAUCUGAGAUUUUAAAGUACUAAUGAAAAAUCUUUAUAUGCAAAAAGUGAUUGCAUGGAAGAAGAAUUAACAGAUAUUUGUUUGGUAAAAAAUGGUUAAUUCGUUUGUACUUCAACUAGUGAAGGAAACUUAUUAUUAUUUAAAUGGGAUUAUUUUGGAGAUUUUAAAGAUCGUAUCAUUGGACAUCCUAAUUCUAUUGAUUCUAUUGUAAAUUAUUUUUUUAUUGUAUAAAUUAGUGUAAAAUAGAUGAACAUACAAUAAUAACUGGUGGUGAAGAUGGACUUGUUAGAGGAGUCUCAGUUUUUCCUAAUAUUAUUACUGGAAUUUUAGGAUAGCAUGAAGAUAAUUCUUAUUUCCCUAUUACUAAAAUAGUUGUAGAUAGAACAUAAAAAAUUGCAGCUUCAUUAUCACAUGACAGUUCAAUUAAAUUUUAUGAUAUUGCGGAUUUUGUUAAUAAAAGAAAAUUAGCUAAAGUUCAAAUAAAUGAAACAGAAUUUGAAUAUACAAAUAAAUAGACUUAAAAAGAUAUGGAUAUGGAAGAAGAUUCAGAUGAUGAUGAUGAUGAUGAUGAUGAUUCAGAUGAAGAAGAAGAUAAAUAGAAAAAACAAAAGAGUUUGAAAACUAAAAAUCUUUAACAAUCUAUUGCAAAUCUUAAAAAAUAAAAGAUUAAAUAGUUUUUCGACAAAAUGUGA